AUGUCCAACCCCCUCGACCAGCCAGUCACAGACACCCCCCUCGCAUCCCCAUCCCCUCCUGCAGCCACCCCCACCCCGGUCCAGGAGCAAAAGACACCCCUCGCCAUCCAACAUGGCUCCCACCAGCCUGCCGAUUCUCAGGUAGUAGAACAGGAGGAGGUGCACAAACUCGACUUGGGAGGCGGAAAUGUAGUCAAGCUGGACAAAUUGGGUCCUAUGAUUAUCAACUCUGACGGUACAUUGUCGAGAAUACAAAACUGGCAAGACCUCCAUCCCGUCGAACAAGAACGUACAGUGAGAUUACUGGUAAAGAAACGUAACCUCGUGCGAUUGAAGAGCCUCGCCGCUGGAGGUGGUGGCGAGGAGCUCAGUGCUCUGAAAGACCAAGCGUAA